CUACUAGCCACACCACAAACGAACACAAAGGCACCAGCCCCCGCCCGCGCACCGAAACCUCGUCGCGUAGCGCGGGGGCGAGGAGAGGGACGGGGGGCGAGGAGAGAAUACCCACUGCGGAAUCUCAUUCUCAUCCAGCACCGCUCCACCGCUAAACCCCUCUCGUGCUCCUCGACGGCACUGACGCCGAGUGCGACGCCGAGCGAGGUCGCGACUCGCGAGGGGGAACCCUAGCAGCGAUAGAUCUAGAGCGGGCGCUUUCGAUCUGUCCGGGAAAUGGCGGAGGAUCCUGCCGCGGAACAGGAGACGCGGCAGCUAGAGGACCGGCUCAGGGAUGUCGGGGAACGGCUGCAGGCGCCUUCCGACGACGCGGAGGACCUGCUCAACCUCCUCAUCGGGCACGAUGACGGUGGAAACUGUGGAACCAGGAAAACUGAUGCUUUAAUAUAAUUUUAGCAUUUUUUAGUUUCAUUUUUCUUACUGUACAGAGCAAUUUGCCAUGGUUUAGGGUUUACUGGAAAUGAUGUACUCAUACUGUUUGAGUAAAUAUGAAGACUUUGAUCUUGCUAACUGACCUACCUAAGCUUGUUCCUCGAAUCGUAUGAAGUCAUCAGGUUGGUUGAUGGUUUGUUCAUGCAGGAAGUUGAGGAAUGUUUAAUUAAAGUAGAGCAGUCACCUCGCGAAAGCAUAUCAAAUGCUCUUCGCCCAGCAACUGAAGCUCUGGUCAAGAAAGAGCUGCUGGGCCAUGCUGAUUCAAAUGUUAGACUUGCUGUGGCAUCAUGCAUAUCUGAGAUCACACGGAUCACGGCGCCUGAUGCUCCAUAUGAUGAUGAUGCAAUGAAGGAUGUAUUCUCUUUAAUUGUGGGGGCCUUUGAGCAUCUGGAUGACAUAGAGAGCCCCUUCUUUGGAAGGAGAACUUCAAUUCUUGAUACUGUGGCAAAAGUUCGGUCCUGCGUGGUGAUGCUAGAUCUUGAAUGUGAUGAUUUGAUAAAUGAUAUGUUCCAUCACUUCUUGAGGACUGCUAAUUCUGGACAUUCAGAAGCCAUCAUAUCCUGCAUGGAAACAAUAAUGAGAUUGGUAAUUGAGGAGAGUGAGGAUGUCCAACCACAGAUUGCUUCAUGUCUACUCCAAAAUGUUAGAAAAGAAGAAAAGGAAUCUUCACCUUCCUUUGAGCUUGCUGAAAAAGUGAUAGGUACAUGUCGUGAAAAACUUAAGCCAGUCUUUCUGCAAUCACUAAAAGGCACUUCCUUGAGCGAAUACAGCCAAAUCGUCGCAUCAGUUUGUGAAGAGGUUUCAGAUGACAGGGAAGAUAACAAUGCUAAUCCUUCUGGGAAGGACAUGGUGGAUGAUGGCAAGCUCUCUGAAAGGACUAUUUCUGAUGAAUUACCUCAGGAAUCUUCAAAGAUGGAGCAAGAUGUUAGCCGUCCUGAACAAGACGGUACUUCUAUGAAUGGUGAUACAGUUACUGCUAUUAGCAGUGGUGCUACUCCGCCAGAUACUAGUGAGUCUGAUCAAGGACCACCUUCCACAAAUGAGAAGAUUGAACAACCAUGCUAUGCCCAAAACAUAGCAGAUGCUAUGCAGUUGAAAUCUGACCACAAUGAAGGUGCUGAGUCCAAUGCUGCAAAGCCCAAUAAGAAAGCUACCCUUGGUUCAGUAAAAAAUACUAAGCUCAAACCGUCCGAUAAAUGUGAACCAACUGUGCAUUCUGAUGCUGACACUAAAAAGCAAGAUCUUGUAGCAUCUGCAGAGGGAUCCAAUGGAGCAGCCGAUGAUACAUCAAGACCUGCUGAUAGUACACCUAAACCCAAGCGAGGUCGUCCUCCUGGUCCAAAGUCAUUGCAGAAGGCUCCUGGGAAGGAUCAAUCUCCAGGUUUGGAUUUGAAAAAGGUCAAUGAUGAUUCAGCUGGGAAGCUGGCGAAACGAUCAGCUAAGGAUGAGAAGCCUUCUGCAAAAAACACUGGUGAAGGAGAACCAUCUAAGAAGACUCAAAAGAACAAUUUAAAACAGCAUAAGGGUGAAACUCUUUCUGAGGAUGAUCCUGCCAAGGAUCUGAGCUUAAAGGAAAUGAUAUCGCUGAAAUCUUCGACCAAGGGCCCAGGUAGAACCAAAGGGCAAACCACAGAGAAUAGCACACCUAAGUUGAAGCAAGAACAAGAAACUGAUGAGCCUCCACGUUCAAGGAAAAACAAAGGCCUUGAUAGAAGUCUAGUUGGUGCAAGGAUCAAAGUUUGGUGGCCAGAUGAUAAGAUGUUCUACAAUGGUAUUGUGGAGUCAUUUGAUGCUGUUUCUAAGAGGCACAAGGUAGCAUAUGAUGAUGGGGAUGUAGAGGUACUACUGCUGAGGGAGGAAAAGUGGGAAUUCAUCAGUGAGGAGAAGGAAGCUUCUAUGGCAUCUGAAACGCCACGAGGCAGAAAAAGAAAAGCGGAUGCAUUGAAGGAAGAAAAUACAGAAACACCUAAAAGUGAUGCUGUGGAUCCUCCAAAGAAAAGAGGACGUCCAAAAGGUGUGGGAUCCAGCAAUGGGACACCCAGUACCUCAGCUACUCCGAGCACAAAGGGGAAAACUGCCGGCAAGGUUACCAAAGAAACACCUAAAACUGGCCCCAACCUUAAAAAAGAACUUGAGAAGAACUCCAAGGACAAGGCUAAUGUUUCAACUGGGACAAAAGAUGAUAAGAGUGUGAGCAAACCUAAGGAGGCUAUUAUCAAAGGCAAGGAUUCAAAAGACGAAGGCAAGUCCACUGAAGGAAAAGCUAAGCCUGGUCGGAAACCAAAAAAUGCUGGUACUCCUGCGGGUGAUUCUGACAAAGAGAAGCAGGAGGUAGAAGUCAAGGCAGCUGAAAUAGAGGAGGCAUCAGGAAAUGCUUCCACAGGGAAGAAGCGUAGGAGGAAGGCUUGAAGUUAGCGCUGAUGAACUUCUCUUGUAAAUGGAUGUGCUCCCUCCUAGGUUUGCUCCUUUAGGACCUUGUAUUAUUGAGUGUUAACUUGGAAUUUCGUCUGAUUGGUCCCUAGUAGUUAGUUAGGUGUGGAAGCAACAUUUGCUAUAGCCGUAGUGUUAGGAGUACCAUGUGUUCGUUGUGGUCAGGUCCAUGGUGCAUUGGUGCUGAGCCUUAAGCGGAAUGAACCCUAUGCUCGCUGUGAGGCCCAUGGCAUCGUGUUGUCGGGUGGUGUUGUAGCUUGUUGAUGCCCUAUUUUAUAUUAUUAUACGCGAUUGAAGCAGUGGAUUUUGUAGCAAAUGUACCUUUUGGACUAGGAUGUUGGCCUGGUUUUCGAGUU